AUGCCUCUACACCUCCCCGGUCCACCCUUGUGCUGCCGCCCUCUCCUGCGCCCACAGCGGCCCUCUGUCCCGUUCUUCUUAGACCCGGCCCUGGACGGCAAGGCCACGGCUCUCCCUUGUGGGCCACCGUCUCGACGCCGCGGCGCUGAAGCGGUCGGCAGCGGCGGUCACCUCUCAACAGUCUCCACCGCAUCCGGUGCCAGUGCCUUUGGCGUCAAGAUGCCGAGGGCAUUCCCGGACCUGGUCCCCUCCCGAGUUCUCUGCGGUCAUGGUGCAGGCUUGGAAGGAGUCGAGGACAUGUGGUUGCGUCCUGGGUUGCUGUCGGCGUGA